AUUUAUACAACUCCGUGCACUUAUCGAAGUUUCUAGAAUCGGGCAAAAUCAUAAAUCCCAUUUCUGCUCCUCCUUCCCUCGUCUUCGAGCUAGGGUUCGGUCUGCUCACGAUUGCAACCAGCUUCCAUUCUGAUAUUUUCCCCUUUUUUUACUCACAGUCAUGCCUCGGUAUUACUGUGAUUAUUGCGACACUUAUUUGACCCACGACUCUCCAUCAGUUAGAAAACAACACAAUGCAGGGUACAAACACAAGGCAAAUGUUAGGACGUACUACCAGCAAUUUGAGGAGCAACAAACCCAGAGCUUAAUCGACCAAAGAAUCAAGGAACAUCUUGGCCAAGCUGCAGCUUUCCAUCAGGUUGGAGCUGCUUUUAAUCAACAUCUAAUGGCUCAGAGACCUCGACUUCCUAUUCUUCCGACUCCUGUUAUGCCUAUUCCGAGGGGCGCACCUUUACCUAUAAAUCAACCAAUGGUCCCUGGGAUUAGGCCCCCUGUACUGCCAAGACCAGUUCCAGGUGCUCCAGGUUAUGUUCCUGUUCCAGGCAUGCCACCAACGGUAGCACCACCUGGUGCUACUUCCUUCCCUGGUCAAAUAAAUGGCCUUCCACAACCUCCUACAUUGGCUGCCCCAUCAACUGUUCCUGUAACUGCAACAACACCCACUUCUUCUAAUGCAGCGCCUACCAUGGCAACACCAGCACUGUAUCAGUCCAAUCCUGCUGCCCCAGCGAGUGGAGGGUUUGACAAUUUCAAUGCCAAUGCACAGCCUUCUGAAGCUAAUCAGUAAUUUGGUUAAACUGCCUGCUUUGCUUCCAUAUCUGAAGUAAGAACCUAAGUAAGCCCAUGUAUCUGUGCUAUUGAAUGUGAGGCUUUCCAAUGAGUAAGGGUUCACGGUAACAUUUUUCUUGAAGGAUAGUUUGUUUAUUAGACCCGAAGCAUUGACUCAUUUUGCUUUGAUAUUGUUUUUUGUUUCUUUUUGGGAUGAAUUUGUCUUUUGGGAACCUUAUAAAGUUUGGAGAUGAAUAUCUGGUCUCAAAUGUUUUAGGCCAAUGCAGAAGUUCAAAGUGGGCUUAUCUUUUCACCAUUUGGGAUUAGCAGUGGUUGGUUGACACAAUUUCUAUUGCACCAAAAUACUGUACAUAUGUCAUCAUUCUUCACUCUUUUUUUUUUCAAUUUAUAUUUUUACUUAUAUUCUUUGUUAUGUUAAAGUUCGCAAUGUAAAACAAAGGAUCAGCUGAAGAUAUCAUGUGAGAUCCUAAAAAUAUCAUGAGUUUUUAAAUAUAAGUAUUACUUUUUGAUUGCAUUAUUCUCAUAAUGAGGGAUCGUACUGUAUAUUUUAUGAAUCUAGGCCUAAUGAUUCUACCUUAUUUUGUCUCUCUUUGAUAACUUUUACCAUUACCAUACUCCAUUUACAGGCAAUCAGAGCCAGAUGGCAUUCUUCCGAGUCCGAUGAUAAUAUUUCACUCAGCUUUCGUAUUGGGAUUUUUACGUUUAAAUUGCUUAAACUUUUUGGGUGCCGAAUGGAGGAUAGAUUCGUACCACCAUUAGUGUUUUUUUUAAAAAAUAAAAUAUUAAGCUGAAUUUUAGGUAGAUUUUGAUUGUAAUGCAGUUGGAAGUUGCUGACAGCUUCUGUAUGUGCUAUUUGUGAAGAAAUGAAGUAUGUACUAGCUGCUCCAUGA